CGAUUUUUAAUUUUAACCUCUUAAAUAAAUAUUUCGCGUUAGUCUCAGGCUUCUCUCUCUCUCUCUCGUGUUCUCUCACUAGAUCCCUCUUUCCAAAGCUUUCUUCAAGGAUCCUUAAGAAGAAAGAGAAAUGGGGCUGACAUUCACCAAGCUUUUUAGCCGGCUAUUUGCCAAGAAGGAAAUGCGCAUUCUCAUGGUUGGUCUUGACGCAGCUGGUAAGACCACCAUAUUGUACAAGCUCAAGUUGGGCGAGAUCGUCACCACCAUUCCUACUAUUGGUUUCAAUGUGGAGACCGUUGAGUACAAGAACAUCAGCUUCACCGUUUGGGAUGUCGGGGGUCAGGACAAGAUCCGGCCACUGUGGAGGCACUAUUUCCAGAACACUCAGGGUCUCAUUUUUGUGGUUGAUAGCAAUGACAGAGACCGUGUUGUGGAGGCAAGAGAUGAAUUGCACAGGAUGUUGAACGAGGAUGAGCUUCGGGAUGCUGUGCUGCUUGUUUUUGCUAACAAACAAGAUCUUCCUAAUGCAAUGAAUGCUGCUGAAAUAACUGAUAAGCUUGGACUCCACUCCCUCAGGCAGCGUCACUGGUAUAUCCAGAGCACUUGUGCAACUUCUGGAGAGGGACUUUAUGAGGGGCUUGAUUGGCUUUCUAACAAUAUUGCUAACAAGGCCUAAACCAACGUAGAGUUGUUGCGGUUUGAUCCUGGAUGCAGGCGGGUUUUUAUCUAGUUCUUUUUCCUUUUUUUCCCCAUUCUCAGAAUCUGUGUGGUUAUGAAUAUCCCUUGAAAGUGAUUUGCUUCUUGGUAGGACCUGUUGAAAUGUUUUUGUAAUACAGUGGUAUGAUAUAUGUAAUUGCUGUUUGUUUGGUUUCAAGUAUAAUGCUAUAAUUUGUAACAGAGAAUAGAUGUUUCAUUGGUAAAUGGUAAUGGAAUACUUCCCUGCUUGUUCCUUCC